AUGGAUAGGAGUUGGAUGAACUUGCCCGAUAGACUUCGAAGUCCUGCAUAUGCCGAAGGGGUGAACCACUUCCUCACACUAGCACGAAGCCAUGCUAUGGGAAGUGACCGAAUCCGGUGUCCUUGUCGGCUAUGCUCUAAUAAUUUAUUCUUGCCUUUCAGAGAGGUGGAGACUCACCUGUUCAUUAAAGGGUUCAACCCUACUUACACCCAAUGGAUAUUUCAUGGGGAGGAGGAAACUCGCCCUUUGAUUGAUGUCGAUUCUGAUCCCGAUCUCACUGAUGAGGAUGAAUACAUCGAUGACAUGGACCAUAUGUUAGAUGACGUAUGGGCAGGGACAUUCCAUAAUGUCCCUCAAGGUAGCCAAGGCGACGCUAUUCCAACAACUUCACACCCCUCCGUACCAGAAACUUCAUGUAAACCUUCUUUUGAUCAGCUACUAGAGGAUGCCCGACGUCCACUUUUUACGGGGUGUACAAAAUUUAGCAAACUCUCAUUCGUUGUCAAGUUGCUACACAUCAAAACCCUUGGUGGUUGGUCAAUUAAGUCAUUUGACCAGUUGCUUAACUUGUUGCGGGCUGCCUUUCCUGAUGCUACAUGCCCAUCGUCAUAUGAAGAAGCACGGUCAUUGGAGAGAGGGUUGGGGUUCAAGUACCACCAAAUUCACGCAUGCCCAAACGACUGUAUAUUAUUCUGGAAGGAAAAUGCUGAUAAGAAUGAAUGUCCCGUUUGUAAGGCUUCAAGGUGGAUGUCAACUACACAUGGGACACGAGUUAUUCCUCAAAAGGUGUUGCGUCAUUUCUCGUUGGUUCCAAGACUGCAGGGGUUAUAUAUGUCUACAAAGAUAUCCACUGAUAUGCGAUGGCAUAAAGACCAACGAGUCACAACUGAUACCAUUAUGAGGCAUCCAGCAGACUCUGAGUCUUGGAAGACAUUUGAUAAAGACCAUAGUUGGUUUGCUGGGGACGCUCGCAAUGUGAGGCUCGGUUUGGCCAGUGACGGUUUCAACCCCUUCAACAAUUUAGCAAAACCGUAUAGCAUUUGGCCAGUUAUCCUCGUGUCGUAUAACUUGCCUCCUUGGUCAUGCAUGAAAGACCAAUUCUUCAUGACAUCCCUACUUAUUCCUGGUCCUAAAUCACCAGGUAAUGACAUUGACGUUUACUUGCAGCCAUUGGUUGAUGAAUUGGUUGAACUUUGGGAGCAUGGGUUGCCUACAUAUGAUGCCUCCACUAAAGGGACGUUUACGUUGCAUGCUGCUUUGAUGUGGACAAUCAAUGAUUUCCCUGCCUAUGGUAAUCUCUCUGGGUGGUCAACUAAAGGAAAAUUGGCAUGUCCUUCUUGUAAUGCCAAUACAGAAUCAAAUUGGUUGAAGUUUGGGAGGAAACAGUGUUAUAUGGGACACCGUCGAUUCUUAUCGCCAGACCACAUAUGGAGAUCGAAGAAAGGGUUGUUUAAUGGUAAAGAAGAUCACCGUAUUCCACCAAGGGUGUUAUCUGGAUCAGACAUUGUCAGUCAACUACAUAUGGUUGGGGAUGUGCAAUUUGGUAAAUCCCGUAGAAAGAGAAAACGCACUUCGGAAGAGUUGAAUUGGACAAAGAUUAGCAUAUUCUUCAAGUUACCUUAUUGGUCAACUCUUUUGAUUCGGCACAAUUUGGAUGUUAUGCAUAUUGAAAAGAACAUUUGUGAUAACAUCUUUGGUACUUUAUUGAACAUUCCUGGCAAAACCAAAGAUAACAUCAAUGCACGACGUGACCUGGAGAUUUUGGGUAUGCGGAAGGAAUUACAUUUGAGGCAUGCAGGUGAACGGUUUACGCUGCCAACUGCAAUGUACACACUCCACGGAGAAGAAAGGAAUAAAUUUUGUGAAUGGUUGGUGGAGGUUAAGUUCCCUGAUGGGUUUGCUUCCAAUAUUACCUGUUGUGUUUCCGUACGUGAUUGCAAAAUAUCAGGGUUUAAAAGCCAUGAUUGUCAUGUUUUCUUGCAACGCCUACUUCCUAUCGCAGUUGGGGGGUUCUUACGACCUGACAUUGCCUUGGCUUUGACUGAGCUCAGCAGUUUCUUCAAAAAGUUGUGUUCCCAAACAGUUGAUAUAACUCACCUAUCCCAGCUUCAAAGUGAUAUUGUCAUCAUCCUAUGUAAGUUGGAGAUGAUAUUCCCCCCAUCUUUUUUUGACGUAAUGAUCCACCUAGCUAUUCAUUUACCCCGUGAGGCUAUACUUGGGGGUCCAGUACAAUAUAGAUGGAUGUAUCCAUUUGAGAGGUAUCUUGGCAAAUUCAAGCGGUAUGUCAAGAAUAAAGCACGACCAGAAGGUUCAAUAGCUUAA